GUUGAAGAAUUUGAGUCAGAAAAAAUGGCGAGUUUCCUCCUGUACGGCUCUAGAUGUCUCUUGGGCCACAUCAACAUGUCCCCUGUCGCGGUCGAAGCUUGCGUUGUAGAUAUUUUUGCUAAUCAAAACAUCGAAAACAUCCAAAGGAUAAGACGUCAUGGUUCCUACCAUAAGUCUGAAAUAGUGCCGAAGGCUAUAACGAUUUCCAGCAGAAAUUUUGCAACGGGGGUUCCUAAUGCUCUCAGUCAACUCAUUGUCAAAAACCAGAAUGCAGGUAUCAACUGUGACGGUGAAAUGUUCUUCAGAACAACCGGAAAAGCGCUGCAAUCACUAAUCACAAGGCAUCCUGACGAGAAGUCUGACAGCGUCGAAGUAGCACAGGAAGCCUUGAGAAGAGCCUCUAUUUUAGGAGAACCAAUCAAGAUCCACCAAAGACUCACUAGAUACAAGAACAAAUAUUUGGGCCUCCGUCCACUGUCAACACAUGAAUCCAUGGGUCACCAUUUGUUAGAAACUAUAGGAAAUUCAAGAUUCGUUAAUGAUACUUAUUGGGCGCAUGCUGCAGUAGAUAAAAUUGGAAAGUCUAUAAUAAUAAUUUCAUUGGAGCAUGUUUUACGAAUUAACAAAUGCAGGCUGUGGGGACCCUGGGAGAUAGAAUGGUCGACAGAUCUAGACGAUAUAGUUUCAAUGCCAAAAAUAAAUUCUACAGAAUUGGUACUGAAUAUGAGACAGAAUGAUGUGAAUACCGGCCGACUACAACAAAUAAAAAUAUUUGGACAGAAAGAAAUGCUUCUAUGGUUACAUGAGAAAAUAGAACAAGCUAUCAUCGUCAGCAUGGAAGAUAAAUCUUGGGCUCUCACUGAAAAUCAUUGAAGUUUAUAAUGCACCAUUCAAAGAGUUGCCAAUUUUUCAGAGUAACUUGUGAAUUCUGUAACAUGAAAACGGAGUAGUUGUCAUAUGUCAGAUAAAUUGUUACUCCAGAAAUUCGUUGACGUUGGACGUUGUUGAUUGUUGAUAUGUUGAAUACCCUUCAUUUUUCAAACUGGAGUUUAUGUUCAAGUAUAUCUCUAUCUGUAAGGAACUGUAUUACUAUAAUUUAAUUUCACAAAAAGAAUGUCAUUGAGGGUGGAUUCAUGUACUGUCAUAAAUUGCAUUUACCAGUUACCACUUAAGACUGGUACAUGAAUCCGCCCUUAUAUGAAUUUCCUUGAGUAGGUAAAGUAAAUAUAGAAAAUUGUAUGAUAUACUAUUAAUUUAUCACGAAAUAAGCAGGUUAUAUGUCAUAAAAUGAGAUAUGCUGGGUAUUUCAACUAGUAUUCCAAAGAACUGAAUUGACAUAUGUGAAUCGAAAGAUAACU